AUGGUGCGAAAGAGUAAAAGAUUGCGUCCUGGAAAAAAUGCUACACGUACCACACCAGUGAGCCUACCUGUAAAAACAUGUCCCUGUACAUGUGACACAUCAGAUGAUAGUGUUUCUGAUGGCGGUGGAGCCCCUCUUCUCAGGAGUACCUCCAAGACUUCAGCUGAGCUACCUGACAAAGAGAAAACAGGGACCACCGACAGUACUAAAUACCAGGGUCUCAUACCUGACAAGCGUCCCAUGAAAGCACCCCGGAGAAAUCUGUUGAGUACAGAACACUUACCCAUAACAGUAGAAGUAGCACUGAAGGAACACCCUACGGAUGCUGACGAUGCCUUCCUCUCAGCAAUCGUCCCAUCUGCCGCUCUGCCUGACGAAGAAGAAGACGACAACAAAGUUUCAGAUCUUGGGAGGAGCAGAUAUGUUGGUCUCAUACCUGAUAGCCAUGUCACCACACCAGAAUCACUCCGAGAGGCAUUCCUAGAUGAUGUGCUUCCAAUGACAGUGGAGGCCGAGACCCCACAGGAGGACACCAAUUCCUUGCACUGAUGC